AUGCCAAAUAUAAGAGUAUGCGCAUUAUUCAGGCCGUUGAAUGCAAAGGAAAUUUCCGAUCAUGGUGAUACUGUUUGCAUUCGCGCUGUCGAUUCUGAUUCUUUCUUAUUGAAGGAUGACAAAGAAGAAGAGUUUGAGUUCCAUUUCGAUAGAGUGUUCUAUCAAAGAUCGGAGCAGGCUAAGAUAUAUGAAUUCCUUGCUCUGCCUGUUGUCAAAGGUGCUGUUGACGGUGUAAAUGGGGCAAUUGUUACAUAUGGUCAGGAGCAGGGAAGACUUACAGCAUGGAGGUACUGUGAUGUUCAUGAAUAUAUAUUUCCAUCUUUGGAUCAAAUUUCUGACAGAAAAAGUAAAGGAAGGAUGCCAAAUAUAAGAGUAUGCGCAUUAUUCAGGCCGUUGAAUGCAAAGGAAGUUUCCGAUCAUGGUGAUACUGUUUGCAUUCGCGCUGUCGAUUCUGAUUCUUUCUUAUUGAAGGAUGACAAAGAAGAAGAGUUUGAGUUCCAUUUCGAUAGAGUUUUCUAUCAAAGAUCAGAGCAGGCUAAGAUAUAUGAAUUCCUUGCUCUGCCUGUUGUCAAAGGUGCUGUUGAGGGUGUAAAUGGGGCAAUUGUUACAUAUGGUCAGACAGGAGCAGGGAAGACUUACAGCAUGGAGGGACCAAGCAUUAUGGAUUGUGAUGAAAAUAAGAAAGGGUUACUACCUAGAGUAGUAGAUGACCUUUUCAGUGCUAUUAGACUUUCAGAAGAGACGACCAAGUAUACAAUCAACCUAUCAAUGGUGGAGAUAUAUAUGGAGAGAGUAAGGGACCUUUUUGAUUUAUCCAAGGACAACUUACUGAUAAAGGAAACCAAAGCACAGGGAAUAACUGUAUCUGGAGCGACUGAGAUUUGCAUAUCAGAUUCUGCUGAGGCAUUGCGAAGUCUGUCUAUUGGAAUAGCAAACAGAGCAGUGGGAGAAACCCAAAUGAAUAUGGCAAGCAGUAGAAGUCAUUGUGUAUAUAUAUUCACCAUCAAGCAGGAUCUAAAGAAGGAGAAAAGGUCUGGAAAGGUAAUUCUUGUAGACUUAGCGGGGUCUGAGAAAGUAGAGAAGACUGGAGCUGAAGGUAGAGUCCUUGAAGAAGCCAAAAACAUCAACAAAUCCCUUUCGGCUCUAGGGAAUGUAAUAAAUGCAUUAACUGGUAGUCCACAAGGGAGAGCAAAUCAUAUUCCUUAUCGUGAUUCUAAGCUUACUCGGAUCUUGCAAGAUGCUUUUGUUAGUUUCUUUUCUUGA